AUGACGGACGUCAAGUCAAAGAACCUCUACGAGCUACUCGGCAACACCUCUGACCAGGAUUCUGAUCGCGAACCCGAGCCACCCACAAAGGCCAUCGACAAGCCCACUGCUCGCUCUGGCAAGCGCGAUGCACCUAAAGAGGCCCCGGCAGCACCAGCUGCUUCUGUAGGCGGCGCAAGAGGUGGUCGUGGUGGUCGUGGAGAUCGCACUGGCGGAUUCAAUUCCAGCGAGACUGCUUUCCGCGACCGAAACACUGGUCGUGAUCGCAACCGAGCGCAAGACGUUGGAGAGGAUGGCGGUGAGAAGCGUCGCGACCGUGGUCGUGGUCAACGCGGUGGCCCUCGUCGAGGCGGUGACCGUCACAGCCGAGCUGCCGUUGGCGAUCAUCAGAAGCAGGUCGGCCAUGGUUGGGGCGAGCAAACUGGUGAUGGCGAAUGGGCCGACGAGCGAGCCGGCGAGAAGCUUGCUACCGAAGAUCGCAAAGAGCUAUUGCCGAGGGUGGUGACGAGAAUGCCGGAGCCAGAGGACAACUCCAAGUCUUAUGCCGAAUACCUUGCUGAGCAGGCUCAAAAGAAGCUUGAGGGUCUCGGCCUGAAGGAAGCCCGUGCUCCGAAUGAGGGCGCCAAGGAUACUAAGAAGUGGAAAUCUGGAAAGGAGAUCACCAAGGCAGAGGACGAAGACUACUUCAAGGGCGAGGAGAAGGCCGGCCGCCAACGUGAUCGCAAGCACGGCAAGGAAUUCUUGGACAUCGACUACUCCUUCAAAGAAGCUUCGCGAGGCUCAGACCGUGGUGGUCGUGGCGACCGUGGUGGACGUGGCCGUGGCCGUGGCGAUCGAGGAGACCGCAGCGAACGCGGCGACCGAGGUGGCUUCCGAGGCGAUCGCGGAGGUGAUCGUGGCGAGUUCCGCGGUCGUGGUCGUGGCGGACGUGGCGGCGAGUUCCGCGGUGAACGUCGUGGAGGCGAUCGUGGCGGUCGCGGCGGUCCCAUCGCAGUCAACGACCAGGACGCCUUCCCCAGCCUCGGUGGUAAAUAG